CACACGCAGCAGCUCAGGCCGUAUGAACCGAGCACCGAUCGGCCCACUGAGCAAACAUGGCGGAUGACAAGGAUCCUCUGAAACAGUUGAGAGAUCUGACGCAUCUCAAAUCUCAGCUGGAGGAGAUCCAGAGGCGAGUGGAGAGCGAAGCCUCUGUAGGAAUUCCUCAGGGAGGCUCAGUUUUGGGAUCUCCACUUCUGAAGGGCUUCCUGGCCGGCUAUGUGGUGGCCAAGCUACGCUCCUCUGCCAUCCUGGGGGUGCUGCUGGGAACUCUAACUGGCAUUUACGCGGCACAGAGCUAUCAAGUGCCCAACAUCGAACGGACAGUAAAAGAUUAUAUGAACACCUUUAAAAAGGGACCAAAGUAAUUUGGGCCGACUGCUCGUCCUCACCGUGGCAGAGCAGACACGAGAGGAAGAGGUGUUGCAGCUGCUGGACUGUCAGUGGCUUGUGGCAGAUCAUCCGGAUUUCAUGAUAUAACUGGAUCUUCAUUCGGGACUUAAAGUUUAAGACUGGGGUGCUGUUUUCUUAUCAGUAUUAUUGUUUCAUUUUUCAGUUAAAUACAGAUCUGUUACUUCU